AUGGCUUCAACUCUCGGAUUCAUUGGAUGCGGCAACAUGGGCGGAGCCGUCCUGAACGGCAUUCUGGCCGCAGCUUUCACCAACCCCACGGAACCCAAGCCAAUCUCGCAAUUCAUCGCAUGCACCAAAUCAGCAAGCUCGGCAGAGCGUAUCAAGGCCACAAUUGCGCCGGCGCACAAAGAGAUCAUCAAAGUUGUCUCCGGGCAAAAUGUCCAAACCAUGCGGGAAGCCGAUGUCGUCAUUCUGGGCUGCAAGCCUUUCAUGGCAGAUGAGGUUUUGAGAGAAGAGGGUGUGCGCGAGGCUCUUGCUGGAAAACUUGUUAUUAGUAUGCUGGCGGGUCAGUCGUGUGAGCAUCUGACGCAAAUUAUUAAGGAGGGGUCUGGAGCACAGAGUUCGGAGAAUACGCAAAUGGUGCAGGGCCCGAAGGUCAUGAAGGUCAUUCCGAAUAUGGGGGCGGAAUUCGGUGAAUCUAUGACGAUUAUUGAGACACCGGCGGCGGGCAUCAGUGAAGAGAUGGUGCAGACGGCGCAGUGGAUCUUUGAUCAGGUCGGGAAGGUCAAGUAUCUUGCGCCUGAACAGACGGGUCUAGCGACUGUGCUUGUUGGUGCGACUUUGGCUACGUUGACUCUUCCGAUUGAGGGUUUGCUGGAUGGUUGUGUCGCCGAGGGUUUCAAGCGGGCUGAUGCCAUGGAGAUGGUCUUACAAGGAAUUCGGGGGCUGUCUGCUGUUUUGGAAUCUGGGUCACAUCCUGCUGCUGUGAGAGAAAGUAUUUCCUCCCCGAGGGGAUGUACAAUCCAGACCCUGCUCAGUCUUGAGAAGGCAGGCACGAGGUCGGAUUUUGCAGAGGCGAUGAUUCGGGGUAAUAAGCAUUUGAAGGAAAAUAUGUAA